UCUUUUGCAUAGCAGGAUUUCUCUUUUGGCUUUCCAUUGGCAUUUUCUCCAUCACUCUUUCUCAACACCUUGGCGUAAUCAAUGGAUGAGCACGGAUUUGUAGCUAGACUUCGUCAUUUGGAGCAUAUUCUUGUCGGUCAACAAGUCUCGCAUCUUUCUCGUGAUACACAACUGACACUAUUAAAACGAGUGCAUGCUCUGAAAAGCGAACUGAACAAUGUUUACAAAAACAACAAAACCCUCCAAGCAUUUAUGGACAAAUAUGACGCACAUGCGAAGCUGCUAAAUCCCAACGAAUCAUCGCUCGCCAUGGAACACGCUCUAUUAACACCCGAAACAAAACUCGAACUCGUGCUGGCAGCUCAGGAUGAGUUGGAAACGUUUGCGGCAGAUAUCAAACAAGUGAAGUCACUGGAACAUGUCGUGAGCGGAACGGAAUUCGAAGUGGUGGAGAAACAGGGCGCUGAACUAUCUUGUUUGGAAGUCGCACACGCAGAACAAGCCAAACAACUUGCCAUCACCACUCAAAAACUUUCCAGUACCAUGGAUACAUAUAACGGCGUCAUCAAUACCCUAUCCGAGAUUUUUAUUUCUUGGGAUGAUAUCCUGACGACGAUGGAAACACAUGUCGCGGCCCUGGAACGGCAGAAAGCAGCUGCAUAGACAGAAAGAAAAAGGCAGAUAACCCCAUUCACGAACAAUAAAGAAAAACACCCCUUUAGCGAUGUAGUUCCAUGGCAGCCCAACCGCCGGUUUCUUCAGCUUG